AUGGCGGUCGACAGCAACGGACGGGCAGUCGAGCCUAGUCAGAAGGGGAUGAAUGGCCAUGCCAAACCAAAAUCUUCCAGAUCUAACCCAGCUCCCCCGUCAAGGAAGGGCUUCAGUCUCUUCAGUAUUCUAUCCAGAAUUCUGACGUGGUAUUCCAUCGUCACCAUCCUCUUCCGAUGCCCUUCAACAGUCGAUCUCCUCACGGACGACUCACCCAAGAUUUGCAAACCAUAUUUCCAAGUACGGUCUGUAAUAGCUCCCCACCUCGAACCCUAUUAUAACACCUACGGGGCUCCGUAUGUCGAUGCCGCCAAACCAUACUACGCUACAUUUGACAAGAGAGUCAUCUCUCCUGCAACCGCAUUGGGGAAGAAAUAUGGUGCGCCGCGUGUGGCACAGGCACAAGCCUAUGGUCAAGCUCAGUGGGAUAAGAACGUCCAACCACAAGUUCAAAGAUACCAAGCUGUCCUGAAGGGUAAAUACGAUCAGACAUUGGGUCCACAUGUCGAGAAAGCCGUAUCGGCAGCUAGUCCGUACUACGAGAUUGCGAAGACCAGUGCCCAACAGACCUACUACGAACAAAUUCUUCCAACAUACACUGCGGUCCAACCUUACGCGCUACAAGGUUAUGGCCUCGCCAAUGAUUUCGCUAUAAACACUGCACUCCCUUACUCAAAAUGGGCAUGGACCGCCGGUGUUGUUUUCCUGGACCGUACUGUCUGGCCACAGAUUCGCAUCCUAUAUGGCGAGAAUGUUGAGCCUCAAUUGGUGAGGAUCGGCGAGCGAUUGGGAAGAUACCGUGACGGCAAGAAACUCAAGGCAGUCGUUGAGAAUAUCGACAGCUCGUCUUCAGCUUCUGUGGCUUCGCAGACUUUGUCAUCUGUCGCUUCGUCAGUCUCAUCUGCUCAUGCCACUCCGACUUUGGAAGUAACAUCGACGGAAACCACCGCAGAAUCGUCAGAAACGCCUGAAGCUACCCCUGAAUCUGAGAAGGAGGUCCGUGAAAAGGCUCAAAAGAUUGUCAGCCAUGAUCUUAAGGAAUGGCAAGAGAAGUUCGCCAAGGCUGCGGACGAGGGCUCGGAUGAUCUUGAGGAAAGAAUCACUGAGAUUACUGAUCGAAUGGUGCAAAGUCAAGCAGAGGAGGUUGGCAAAGCACAUAUCAUCCAGCUCGAAGAGACCGUCAAUUCCAGCUUUAAGAAGCUGAAAAACGCUAUCAUCUCCAUCGUGUCCGACUCCAAGGAUACCGAGGAUUCUGAAGGUGCUCUUAAUACUGCAGUCCGCAAAGCAGGUAUUGCUAUCAAGGAAAAGGCACAAGCAGUUCGAAGCUGGAGACAAAACUAUGAUCGUGAGACCAAUGAGCUUGUAGGCUUGUCUGCUCAGGAUACCUUUGAGAUUCUCGAUCACAUCAGAGAUCUUGGGCUGCAAGAAAUAGGGAUGAGAUGGGCAUGGACCGAUGGUAUCACUCAUAAGGACUGGGCAAAAUAUCAUCAGUUGAAGACUAAGUUUGACGAGUGGCGGGUCGAUGUUGAGAACGUUGUGACUGGUCACCCAGGUCUUGACAAAGCUCGCGCUGCCUCUGAGGAGAUUGAAAGCCAAGCAAUGGGAAUCGCUGAGGAUGCCGCAAAGGAACUAGCACGUCUGAAGGAAACCGGACGCUGGAAGAUUCAGGCCGCCGACUUGAGCGACGAUUUCAGCACCAAGAUCAUGCCUGCCCCUGCUGCAGUAGUCAUUCAAAAAGUCGCUGAGAAGGCCAGCGAAUUGAGCGAAGCUGUAGGCCCUUCAUCCCAAGGAAGUGUCCAAAGUGUGAUAUCAGUUGGAAGUGCAAGCGCGAGCAGUCUUGCAGAUCAGGCAUCAAGCACAAUCAUCGAUACUCAAGGCAGUGUUGAAGGCAUUGUAUCUGCUGCCAAGGCAUCUGCGAGUAGUGUGGUCGAUCAAGCUUCAAGCUCUAUCAUUGGUACACCGCAGGGCAGUGUUGAAAGUGCUACGUCUGUAUUGAAAGAAUCGGCAAGCAGUAUCGUCGAACAAGCAUCAAGUUCUGUAAUUGGAACACAACAUGGGACCGCUGAAAGUGUUACUUCUGUUGCCAAGGCAUCUGCUAGCAGCAUCGUGGACCGGGCAUCGAGCUCCAUUAUCGGAACCAAACAAGGCAGUGUAGAGAGCGUUGCUUCCGUAGUCAGCCAAAGUGCCAGCAGCCUUUCUGCCAAAGCAUCAUCGUCUAUUGUGGGUAACGAGCCAGGUAUUGUUGAACAGGCAUCAGAAAGUGUCAAGUCUGCGGUUUCGAUUAUCUCAGAGUCUGCUUCCAGUCUCUCUAAUGCUGCAAGCUCCUCGAUUUCCUCCGGUGGAAGUGAAGUUUCAGAGGGCGUAUCGAAGGCAUCGAGCUCUCUCGGUUCUGUCACAUCGUCGAUUGCAAGCUCACUGUCAAAGAGCGCUUCGGACACAUCUAGCUCAAUCAGUUCUGCAGCCUCUUCAGCUUCAAGUACGGCAUCUAAGAAGGUUUGGGGUGGAGCCAUGGCCCAGCAUGUGGAAGCCAGGAAGAUAAUCUUUGAUGACGUUGUUGAUGAUUCUGAUGAUGCUAGUUACAGCGAAAAGAUACAGAACAUGGCAAGCGAAGCUGGUGAUCGAUAUGCGGAAAUCACGAAUGCUGUCAGCGAAGCAUUCGGCCAAAAUCCACCAGUUACAAAUGCAGAAAAGUAUUCAAGUGCUUUGUCUGCUGCCAGCGUUGCGCUUUACGGAACCGAACUAGGUGCCAGGGAGAGUAUUUCGAGCGUUGUUGCGAGCAAGUACGACGAAGCUGUUUCUGCUGCCAGCGCUAUCAUUUAUGGCACACCAAUGCCGAUCACUGAUUCCAUUGCCGCUCAAGCUACAGAUGCAUACAAUGCAGCAAUCUCGAGAGCAAAUGAGCACUACUCCCAAGCUCGAUCCCUCGUUUCUGCCCAGAUCUCUGGAGAGCCAAAACCAGUGCAUGAGGAGAUGUUCUCUUCGGCUGAGGCAAUCUUCUCAGAUUCUAGAGCUGCAGCAAGCUCGAGAUUACAAUUAGCACUUGCAGCUGCAUCUACUGCCGUAUAUGGUACACCAACACCUGCUUACCAAUCUGUCCUGUCAUCCAUCUCCUCUGUGGCACAAUCAAAGCUUUCCGAAGGUCUCAACCGCGCCUCUGCUCAGUACCAAGAUGGAAAGGAUUAUGUGGCGGCAAUCAAUACAGGCGCUCCCGCCAAACAAAAGCUUCUAGUGCAAAUGCAGGAACAAUAUUACGCUGGUAUCGGAAUGGCCCACGCCCGCUAUUCUGACUUCUUAGAUUCGGCUUCCUCGGCUGCCAUGCCCAGAAAGACUCCCGUUUACGAGAGUAUCUACUCUGGGGCCAGUGCCAAAAUUGCUGGCACCCCCACUCACAGAUUUCAAGCAGCAUUAAACACAGCUUCCGCACAUUAUUCUGAGGCAGUCGAAGCUGCAUCAUCCAAAUUCGACCAGCUUAUUGCAUCAAUCUCCGAAAUUGGCAGUGGGAAUUCCGAGCAUGUUCCUACCAUUACCUUGGUCUCUGCGGCUUCUGCACAGUACAAUUCGGCAAUAUCUCAAGCUUCCAAGUCGUUCGCUUCCAUAAAUUCAGUGAUCUCAGAGAAAUUGGCGAUUGGCUCUUCCUCUAUCUCUUCUGCCGCAUACGGAACUGAGACUCCUUGGACCGAGUCUGUAGCUUCAGCUGCCAGUGAGAACUGGGAAGCGCUCAUCACCAAGGCAAGCGAGCAAGUGUAUGGGGCACCAACACCCUAUUUUGUGACUAGGCGACUAUUGUCCGAGGUCAAGGAGUACGCCGCUCAAGCUACUGAUGGCGCUAUUUCUCAAUACGCUGCUGUGCAGUCCUUGAUCGGAGAGCUCGUUUCUGGAAAAGAGCCAGACUUCACUGAGUCAGUUUUCGGACGCCUCAGUUCCGCUUAUUAUACAGGCGCAGGAGAGGCUGCGUCUUCCGCAUCAUCUUAUGCCAGCGAAGCAUACGCUUCUGCCAGCUCUGUCGUUAGCUCUGUCUUCACCCCGCCACCAAGUCUUGAAGCCAUUCUCGACGGAGCGGCCCUUCGCGUUAAUGAAGCGGUUGAAGCAGCAAGUGUUCAAUUCUACGGCAGCCAAAAGGGAAAGUUUGAAGAGGCAACCUCCGCAGCUGCAUCAGCAUACAGCUCAGCUCAAAGUGUAGCAUCUGAAAAGGUCUAUGGAACGACCACUGGCUAUGUCGAGGCAGCCCAGAGUUCCAUCUCAGAUGCCGCAUUAUCUGCCCAAAGAGCCAUUUCAGAAGCUUUUUUUGGUACAGAAACAGGCACAUACGACCAGGCAACAGCUGCAAUGGCAGAAGCCUAUGCAUCAGCAACAGCAAAAGCCAGCGAGGCGAUCUAUGGACCCGAAAAGGGUGCCAUUGAAAGCGCACAGUCCCGCUUGACAGCCGCCGUGGAGAGUGCCCGCGUAAAUCUCGCUGAGUUCGCUAGCUCCGCGGGAGAAGGUGCAGGUGAGGCAAUCCGCCAGGCUAGUGAAGGGGUUGAAGAUUUCGCAAGCAGUGUAAGCAGUGUCAUAAGCUCUGCUACUUCCCACGACGAGCUAUGA